GUCAAAAGCACAACAUUGAACCAGCAGAGCAGGGCACGAAAGAGUCCUACAGCGUCAUUGCAGUCGACCACCUUGCUGCCACUGCACUCAUAAAGUUUGUAGCCAUGGUUCAGGAGGGACCAGUCAAUGUUUGUUUCACGGCGCAGAGCUACGGCGUUGACGUCGCUUUCGACCCACAGACUCAGGAGCAGCUCCUGUCUUUCCGCUUUGGGGUGACGGUGUCCUUGCCGCAGCUGCUGCAGCAGCUUAUCGAGAUCCAGAAGCGCGACGCUGCAACCGGGGCCGUCCCCGGAGCUUCACAGACCGGCGGUGCAUCGCUGCAAGGUGUGAAGUUCCCCACCCAGCCGCGGACGACUUCUGAUCCCAACCAGGGCCUCGUGGCGCCCUACAUUUCUUCUUCGGUGCAGGUGUCUGCUACCCCGACCCCCAGCCUCGGCGCGUGUGGCAACAGCCUGGAGGAGACCGCGCCGCAAGCCUCUGCGAGCGAGACGCCCAUCCCCCGGGCUAAGCUCGCGGCACUGGAUGUCCA